AUGAUCCUCGUCGAACCACUCACCUUGACCAAUAUUCCACCCGACAGCCAAAUUGUCACAGAGGCGAAAGAGCUCAUCCUUGACUCUCAUACAUGGAAACAAGGCAGAACGUUCUACGACGGUCUCGUGCAGACGGCCCAUAAGGUUUUCCCUGACGGAGGCCCGUGGCACUCGCGCGUAAGCAGGCACUCGUUGCCAUUCGACCAAUUUUCUGCCAUGCUGGGAGAUGAUUGGAUGUUGGUCAAGAAGGCUUUCAACGAUGCGUAUAUUCACGAGAUAGAUGAGAUAUCUUUGGUCAAAAAGCUAUCCCCAACUGCGUCAAUUUGGAAAGCGCUCUAUAGAUUUCCUUCACCGAUAGCGCCGCGUGUGUUUACCAUCCUCCAAGUGACGCAUUUAGACGCAGAAGCUCGGUCCGGAUGGGUGGUCCACAUCCCAAUUGACUUGGAUGACUCUGACCUAGAAAAGGGCGUCGUCAAAGGGCGCUAUUCUUGUGUCGAAAAUAUAACCGAUCUAUCGGAUGGACAGACAGAAUGGCGGCUGGUCACCUGCAACACUCCUGGUGGGUGGAUUCCAACAAGGCUGGCGGAGAAUUCCUUACCUGCUCGAAUGGCUCUGGACGUGGUCAGCUUCAUAGACUGGUAUUCUAUAUUUUAUCUCAAAACUCGGACAUUGGAGACAAUGAGCACCUCUCGGAACCGGCAGCGCUUUAUGUCCGCCUCGUUUGCGUUCCUAGGUGUAAUUUUAUCCAUCACCUCGCUCACGACUUCUUCGCGGGCAACAACGAUUGCUGCUGUCGCAACAUGGGCUUCUGUUCUCUAUACGACUAUCUUGAGCCAUGACAAGGUUAAUGACUUCCUUCCUGCGGCAGACCGUCUUCUUAUUGGAAUGCGGGAUCCGAUGAUUCCUUCCUCCAUUGAGCUUGAGGGCAGAAUGUCGCUCCCACAACUCAAGAAACUUAUUCGACUACGCCUACUUGCCAUUCCGCGCAUGUCCCACCGUCUCGUUACGCCAAUAUUAACUCCAAGAACACCAUAUUGGGAGCCAUGUCAGCAUUUCGAUCUGGAUGAGCACGUCCAUGAACAUAGUUUGGCUCCCGGGGCCGGUUAUACAGAACUUCGCGGGUUACUUGAGCGUAACAGUUCUACUGUGUUUAAUGCCACUCGACCUCCUUGGGAGAUCACUCUCAUCCAACCUCCGGAUAGAGGAAGUCUUCUAUUCACUCGUGUCCAUCAUGCCAUCACCGAUGGUCGGGGUCUCACCGAUAUUCUCCUUGCGUGCGGGAACGAUCCUCGGAGCGUGAUAAUGCCUCGACGUCUUCCCAAGAGUCUUGCUUCCACCUCGAGUCUAUUUUCGCGCUUGGUCGAUCUUCGACAUCUGGACAGCCGGCCCGAACCUCUAAGUGCAAUCAAGUGCAUGAAACCCCUCCAGUCAACCUCAAUGGCCUGGCUACAAUCUCCAUGGAAUCUCUCCGAACUCAAAACUCUUACCGCUUCUCUUGGAGGUGGAACAGUCAACGACGUCGUUUUGACUGUCGUUGCAGGGGUACUCCGGACUCAUUUACGCAACGCAGAUGAUAGUUGUGACCGGCCAAUACAGUGUAAACUGCCUGUUGACAUGUUUGUGCCUACUUCACGAACUCCGGAUGUGGUCCUCGGCACUCAUCUUGGUGACCUGAACGUCCCUAUUCCAACCAACAUUGACGACAUUGCGAAACGGUUCGUGACAGUACGACAGACGAUGGACGAGGCCAAGUCUGGAUAUCGUUCCUGGCUUGCAUCGACAUUUGCUGGCGUCGUCGGUGCUCUUCCGACUGCCCGCCGGCUGUCCGUCAUUGCCGCCGAUGCCCGAAAUGUCUCUUGCUAUGUCAGCAACAUGAAGGGACCAAUGGUACCAGUUCAUCUGGGACCAAUGGUACCAGUUCAUCUGGAGGGCACCCGAGUCAAGAAUGUCCGAUGCCAUCCUCUUGGGUUGAACACUAUUGGGGUGGCAUUUGCGGUUUACAGCUAUGCCGAAAACGUGAAUGUCGCCAUUUGCACUGACAGAGCGUUGAUUCCUGAUGCAGAGGUCUUGUGUGGCUAUUUGGAGGAGGAGAUGAAUUUGCUGAAGGCGGCAGCGGCAAAAGAGCUCCUCACCUGCGGCGUCGAGAUGCUUGGAAAAGGCCCCCAAUUCAGCUCCGACUAUUCGGUUGUGCUGUCUCAUCCAUUGCACGAUGUUGGUCCGGUUGUCCUACCUGAAAACGGCCCAAGUAUCAAGCGCUUUGUUGAAGGCACUCGAGCUCAUGACGCAAGUGGGACGAUGAACUUCAUUCACCACCACACGGACUUCGUUUACCUGGAUCUCGAAAAUGUUCUAGCGGCAGAUAACCUUCCCCUGUUUCGCACUCUCCGUGGACUGCCUGACCGAAACGAUUUCCCUGUCAACGACAACAUUCUGCAACGCGACUAUUUUACUGUUGUGGAACGUGUCCCAGUGCUAUUUGGUUUUUUCUCGCACACGGUUACCGUCAAAAGCUGGGGGAUUGUAGACCCUGUGCAUCAUAUUGCUGCAUACGAAACAGAAGUUGAGGGUACUGGCGUCCGAGUUUGGAAGAUGCGGCGCUUGAAGUCGGUUGGGGAAAGGUGCACCAACGUCGUGGAGCAAUUACGCGGUAUUUGUCCCAAAAUGCUCAGGCCACUAGUUGCCAAGCAGUCGGCUCAGACGCAUCGUGCGACAAUGGAUGCGUAUGCCAGACUGCUGGAAUGUCUAUAA